CUCCUCCCUCUGCCCAGCCAUUCGUGCUGAGCUGUCCAGCUUGCAGCCACCCUCAUCACCGGAGUUACGGGGUGGGCUAAAAAUAACCGGAGGACUAGCCAUCGCCCAGGGCGCAGGUGCUGGGUGAAGACACAGGAUCCCAGGGACCCUGUGCCCAGGACCAAGCCUGAAGCAGGCAAAGUCCUUUGGUCCCGCUCUCAGGCCCCACCCAGGCCAGCGUCCCUCCUCCCCGUUAACCCCUUUUACCUCCUCUCCCGGGCCUGCGGAGGUCACUCGUGCUGAAGGAAACCCUGCCACCAGCCUCAGGAUGGGCUGCUGGGGCCAGAAGACCCUUUGGGCUCUGGGCUUCCUGCUGCUACUGGGCACCAGCUCUGUGCAGGACACCUGGGAGGCGUUGCUGCCCUCCAGGGUGGUCGAGAAGUCUCACGCUGAAGACGGUACAUCAACAGGUCCCCGGCAGCCCCGUGCAGACCGCUGCCCACCACCCCCACAGACUCUGCCUCCAGGUGCCUGUCAGGCCACACGCUGCCAUGCUGACUCCGAGUGUCCAAGACACAGGCGCUGUUGCUACAAUGGCUGUGCCUACGCCUGCCUGGAAGCUGUGCCACCUCCACCAGUUCUAGAUUGGCUGGUGCAGCCCAAACCCCGAUGGCUUGGUGGCAACGGCUGGCUGCUGGAUGGUCCUGAGGAGGUGUUACAAGCAGAGGCUUGCAGCACCACCGAGGAUGGGGCAGAGCCACUACUCUGUCCCUCAGGCUAUGAGUGCCACAUCCUGCGCCCAGGGGACCCAGCCAAGGGCAUACCUAACCAUGGGCAGUGCGUCAAGCAGCGCCAACAAGCAGAGGGGCGGAUCCUGCGGCAGAAGCUUCACAAGCAAUACCCAGAAGGGGACUCCAAGAAUGUGGCAGAACCUGGAAAGGGGCAGCAGAGGCACUUUCAAUAAAGCAAAGACUGGCAGCCUUUGAGGACCCUUCCUAUGCUUUCCAGAUGCUAAGCCUCAGAAACAGGAAAAGAAUUCAACCCUAGACAUCGUGCCCAGUGCCACAGGACAGAACUCCAGAGCUCCCAGGAACUCCCAAUCCCAGUGUGGCCCAGCCUGGCGUGGCAACUUGGGGGAAGCCCCUGCUCAGCACCCUGGUCACACGAGCCUGCAGCUUCUAGGUAACUUUUGCAGAUUUUGACUGUGAAGACCUAUAUCCAACCCGAUUGCUCCUAAAAUAAAUCUGCCCAUUACACCGUAGAAAUGAACUCCUUUAUCAGACCCGAGCCGCAGCGGUGUGCGCAUGUCUGUUGCGAGGGUCUCCGAGACCACCAGGGCUGGUAGAGUCAUGACCCUCUGAAGGCAAGAAGGUAGUUCAGUUCAAAUGACUACGUAGCUGGUGUUGGCUCACACUUCAGGAGUCGGUUUAUUUUAGGCAUUCAUAAGCACAGCACAAUUUGGUGGAAACUUUCCUGGCGAUAGUUAACUCCAUCCCAAGUACACAAUAAAGCAAAGACGUGAUUACAUCAAAA